CUAGAGAAAACAAUUCUCGAUCAAGCCCUACCUAUUGUACUUUCGCAAAACGAAGUCUCUGCCGUUCCCGCCAGACUAUAUCUUGCCUGUGACUCCGGCACGUUGCAAGGACGCCUAGCCAGCUACGAACUAGCCCGACGUCACGCCCGAGCGACAUCCCUUGAUGACCUCGUCAAAAUAAUCCAGGAAUUUCAGUCACUAUCCGAAGAUGCCCUACGAAAGCAACUUUCGAAGCGCCUCCAUCGUGGUCGGGCAUGGACAGAAGUAUUUGACAUACUCGCCGAAGGAGGUGAUAAACCUGCGGAGGAUUACAUCGGGCUUCUCGCAUAUAUCUCAAGGCCCUCAGUGUCAGUCAUACCGUGUCCGGCCCAUGUCCUCGUGCUCAUUGAUCCCUAGCUGGGAAAAGCCGAAAUCAGUGGAUCGUCGCCAGGCAAUACUGUCUCUGCAGAAGAAACGAGGUAUUCGGCAAAUGGCGCACUGUGCCACACCAGCCGCAAGAGAGUUUAUAAACUCUCUCACACUCACACAUACCUUUAUCGAUGACACGCCUCGACACUCGCAAAGCUUUCGAGCCACGGCACCGGCGCCAAAGGCGUCUGUUCAUGAUAAGACCAACCCGGCUGUUUUGCCGCGAACCUCGUUUCCUAGCCGGUCUAGUCACGACUUCCUUUGCGAUGACACCGAUAAGCUCUUGCGACUAUCGUAUUUCCUCGCAUCCUCGUACCACGUACCAGUAGAUAUGCUCAGGAGUGGGACCGCGCCUCGCUGUCGAUGGAGCAAGGAAGGCAAUGUUGUCUGUCGCCAAAGCAGCGUUCACCCACACCUGGUGUCCUUCAUCAACGACCAAACGAGACUCGGAGAUGCCAUCGAUAAGCUUACCGAAAAACGUUACAUUGAGUAUACAACGACCGAUGGCCUCAAGAUGUACAAAUUACUCCCGAAUGGCAGUAGUAAGGCUUUGGACGGACUUGACCAAGAGUCGGCUUCAUAUUGGAAGCGGCAAGCGUUGCUGGUUUCAUACCACGCGAUACCCUGGAAGUACCUCGAGCCAAGCACAUCAAUUUCCGUGAUGGUCACUCCACAUCUUCAACACGUUAUCGGAAACGACGAAUCCCUGCAUUGCUUCGACCUAUCCGCUGAGGUCAGAGAAGAUCUGAUCCUAACUCUUGUCGAAGCUGUACGCAUGCCCAAGAUACCGUGGAAGGUCUUUGCAGUCGAGAAGGCCGUGGCUUUGUGUCGCGAUGGCCAGAGUGCUUAUGCCAUAGCUCGUGUGAAUGAGGUCACUAGUCUCGUUGGCAGGUUGGCGAAGAAAACGAUAUUGCCGCCCAACGUAGCUCCAGGCCCCACAGAUCCAUGUGAUCUCCGAGUUAACGCAGCAGCUGGCCUGGUAGCCGUUCAGAAAUGCUUGGAUGAAAUGCAGAGAGAGAAACUACCAGACGCUGAAGAAACGCUCACUCGGUGGGAGUCUCAGGCUACGCAGCCAAUGACGCAGGUUGUAUUGUUCAGGAAGUCCUUACUCCUUGGUCAAAUCGAGCGGCAAAAAGGCGACUUCGAAGCCGCCGAGCGAUCACUGAGAUCAGCUUCCAAGACUGCGGAUGAACCAUCCACAGGAAAGAUACUUCACUUCGACGAGGAUCGACCCGCCCUAGCUUGUUCACUCAGUGAUGCGCGUCGUGAGCAGCUAUCUGAGGGCGCAGAGACGCAUGUUCGACAACUACUUGAAGGACUUGAAGGAACAACAGGCACAGCUCGAUCGCGGGCACAAUUACAGGCAUCUCUAGCUGAAUGCCUUUACGCCAAAGGCCACGAAAAAAUGGGAAGGCAAGAUACCUUGAACGAGGCAUCGUCCGUCCUCUACAAGGCAGACGAGCUAUGUCAGAGCCUUCUCAAUCUAGAUCCUGGAGAUAUCUCGCGAUUCGACCAGCUAAGGUCAUGGUUGACACACGCAAAAAUAUCUUUCAUCAAAGGCGACUACAUAGAGGCGGAAAGUGGUUUCAAGGAAGCGCUAAACCUGAUUACUAGGUUCGAUAUGACGAAUGGGUAUGUCACGAUGGUCAUCGUACGGUCCAUGGCGGUCACAUUGAAACGAUCACUGGACGCAAGCUCCCUUGACCCCACAUCGCGUUCAAAGCGUUUAAAGCUCCUUCAGCAAUCCGAGCAGCAGUGGAGCAUGAUGAAAGGUUUAGUGCGUCCGGGUGGCACGAGGUUCUGGAUGCCUGGUUUGCAGAAGUGGGAAGAGUGGUUAUGUUCAACGGAAGUCUUACGAGGCCGUCUUUAAGACGCCCUUUCUUUGAAAGAAGAUGGAGAAUAUACCGAUUGUGUUAUAUGCCUGUAUCGCACCAGCUCAUAAGACGGUUCGUACUUUGAGUUGAGUGACCUUUCUCCGCCGUUCUCACUCGUGGUCUCCAAUUGU